AAGGCCUACACACAGAUACAUAGAAAUUUAAAAGAAAAAAAUGCCAAAAAUAUUUUGUUGGUUUGUGUACCUAUUUCACAUGCUAAGCGGCAGUAAGUGAAAUAAAUAGCCCCAAUGCCAUGUAAUAACUUCUCCCCCGGUUUGGAGUUAUGAAAGUUACCCUCAACUCUAUCGACUCUCUGUUGGGGAGGUGUUGUGAUCUCAACGGAAUGACGGAUUUCCAGAUGUCUCAGGAAUUGUUGCAUUCUGCCGGGAGCAUCCUAUUUCACCGUGAAAAUCAAGGAACUAAUCUGCUAAAGCCAAGACGCUAUGGUUGUUACCUAAGAGAUAGUGCCAUAACUCGUUAUGAAAUAGAAUUUUAUUGUCGGUAAAGUGCAGAUAAUUUUAGCAAUUUGGAAAGGGGUUGAAAAGUCGGAUUUCUCUUAAAGAAAGGUCACAAAAAUGAGAUUUUAUUGAAAAAGUGUCUCAAAAAAUACUUUGGGUAUAUUGUUAUAAAACUUUGGGGUCCAAUUACCUGGGCACCAACCAAAUCCUCAAGUUGAGUUGUAGCACUAUGUGGACAAUAUCGGUGUCAAAUGAAAGGGAUUUGUAGUUGUUGUUGUAGCCACAUUGCAUGUAAAGGUACCAAUCUUCGUCAAACCCUAAAGAUUAGUAAGCUCUUUCCGUUCCAUAGGAUCGAUGGCUGAGGGAACGUGGUGGUCAUUGAUUAAUUGAAGGCGUCAAAAAAACUCCCCCUAUCAUAUCGAACAUAAUAGGCACUCACUACUUAAGCAAGAUCCGGCGCCGCCCGGCCUCUCACAGAGACUCUCCACUCGAUACCGCUGAUUGUCCGCAACUGCAGUUACAGCUACUCCGUAUACGAAGCAUCCCACUAUCCGCAACCUGUGGAAGCGCCCGGUAGCUCUUGGCUGUGUUUCUCGUAAUAACUACUUAUGACCACCACACAGAUCGGAGCUCAAAGUUCCAGCCUGCGUGGUGUUCAUAGUUAUCCCGUUCCGGGAGGUAUUGGUAGUAGAGUGUGAAUCUGAUACAAAAAAUGGCCCAAGUGCCCGGUUGGCCGCCCAGUCACAGUACUCCAAUCAAAGUUCUUUCAUUUGUAUACGGAACCAAAUACAUAGGGACUGGCCCACAGCAAUAAACCCCACCAAUCGAUCAUGUCGGCCGGUCAGGAAAUAUUUUAGUGUGUAGCGAAGCACAUCAACUAUUGUUGUACAAAAUAAAAUGUUGGUUUCAAAAAAGUGCAAAAUGCUCCCUUAAGUCGCAACAACGUAACUGCCAACCGGCGUUUAAUAUACGUUGUAUAACUCUAUCCAGACUUGACUGUUACUAUAAACACACUUAAGUGAAUAACAUCAAGCGUAUUGAAUGUGUCUAUACUGACCUUCCCGCAGACCAUUUGAAAAAGAAUUGUAACUACGGUAUCUUAAUAUAUUAAAAUUAUAGCGCACUCCUUUCGAAACAUUUGCAAUAGUAAAAAGUUUUUAACUUGGAGUUUUGUUUUGUUGAUGUGCAUUUCAUCGGGUCAAUCCGAUUGAUUCUUAGAUUUGACAAAAAUGGAUAACUGGGACACCGAAACAAGAAUUUGGAUUGUCCGCCGCUAUCACGCACUGGAGUCUGUAGUUUCGGUUCAAAGAGAGUAUAGACGCACGUUUGGCGGCAAUCCUCCGAGCAGAUGGACCAUAAUGAGACUUGUAAACAAUUUUGCCGAGCAUGGGACAGUCAACAGAAGACCUUACCAUCGAAACCCUUCAGUUCGAACGGAGGAAACAAUCGCUGCUGUAGCUGCUGCGAUACAACACAAUCCAAGAGUUUCGACAAGAAGCUUAUCUGCUCAAAUGGGUAUAAGCAGACAGUCAUUACAGUCAAUUAUGCACAAAGAUUUGGACUUAUUCCCAUAUAAAAUUCAAAUGGCCAACAAACUGAACGCUGCAGACUUGCCGAUUCGCUUGGAAUUUUGCCAGAAGAUGCUUCAAAUGGUGGAAGAGGAUGGAAACAUGUUGAACUGUCUUUUCAUGUCUAACGAGGCCCAUUUCGAUUUGAACGGCAACAUAAACAAACAAAAUUGUCGAAUAUGGAGUGCUUCCAACCCACAGACACUCCAUGAGACGGAAUUGCAUCCACUUCGUGUCACAGUGUGGUGUGCAGUUUCAUCACGUUUCAUUGUCGGGCCCUACUUCUUCGAAGAAAACGGUCACCCCGUUACGGUUACUGGAGACCGCUACUUGAACAUGUUGAGAGAGUUUUUCUAUCCAGAAUUACGCCGAAAGAGAAUUUCUUUUAACUCUGUGUGGUUUCAGCAAGAUGGUGCAGGUCCUCACAUAGCCCAACCUGUUAUGACAGAAUUGCGACGAAAAUUUCCCAAUAAACUGAUAUCCAGAAACUCCACAUUCCGUUGGCCACCCAGGUCGCCUGACCUUACUGCACCUGACUUUUUCUUGUGGGGUCAUUGCAAACAGGAAGUUUACAAAGCAAAACCAACAAAUUUGAAUGAACUAAAGCAAUCCAUUCGAGCAACAAUUGCGGCUAUUCCUGUCUCAACUCUCCAAGCAGUAAUGAAUAACUUUUUGCUAAGAUGCCGCACAUGCAUCAACGAGCAGGGGGGGCAUUUAAAUUCCAUUAUUUUUAAAACAAAUUAAACUAUAUUUAAUAAAAUUGAACGAGCUUUAACAUGAAUAAAAGAAAUAUGUAUUCCAUACACCGAAAAAAAAUUAUUUGAGUUUCUUA